AUGAGACAUGGAGAAUUACGUCUUCAAAGAAAUGAUGUUGUUAAAGCACAUUCAGCAUUUACGCAUGCUCAUACAUUGAAUGCUGCAAUUGAUUCAUUCAGUGCUAUUGUUCAAUGCGAUUGUUUAUUGAAGAAUUGGGAAGAAGCUGAGUCAUUUGCUGCAGCAGCAGUUAAGAAGUUUAAACCAGAUUCAUAUGCAGGGAAUAUGGCUAUUACUCUUUACGGACUUGCAAAGAGAGGAACUGAUCCUAAAAAAGCUAAUGAAAUAUUAAGAAGAUGCUUAGGAAAAGAUAGUCAAAAUAUUGAAGCUUUGUCAGCUUUGAUAGAGAUGCAUGUUAAAGAAAACGAAUUAGAUCAAGCCGAAACAUUACUUCAGAAACAUCGUACUACUAAGAAUCUAUUCUUCUUUAACUAUAAGAUGGCAGAGAUAUACUCAGUAAAGAGAGAUUAUCAAACAGCUAUGGAUUAUGCCCAAAAAGCUUUGCAAAUUGAACCAAAUAAUGAACGAGCAAUGGAUCUUCUCGAACAGCUUGAAGGGGUUUUGAGAGAUAAUGAUGAGGAAUUUGAAGAAGAUGACAUUGAUCUGUAA